AUGUCUCGUCAACCCAAGCUGCGACCCAAGUCUUACAUCCCUGGCUAUCCAGAUGCCAUGUACAAUCUUGCGGCGGUAGCCUCUUUAUCGCAGCUUGAGUCUCGCGUGGGGUUGACGGACGAGAAACAUGACCAGCGCGUCUUUCGAGUCAAGCGCAAACAUGUGCUGAAAGCAUGCGAUCGUUGCAGAGUCAAGAAGACCAAGUGUGAUGGGAAGCAACCAUGCAACCGCUGUUCAGCGUAUAACCAUCCAUGUCUCUUUCGGGAGAGGAAGGCUACGCAGACCAAAGUAUACUCGCGAGGAUUCGUUGAGAUGCUUGAAUCGCACCAUUCACUGGUGGUGAAAGCACUUCAACGGCUCUACAAGCUCUGUGUCAACAAGGAGGACUUCCCCGGGGAGCCACUGCAGGAUGCACCCGACGGCUAUCCUCUGACGCACGCUAUCCUGGACCGUCUAGGUUUGAUCAAACAAGCCGAGGAAAAUGCGGACGAGCCCGAGGAAGAAUCGGAAGACCUUCAGUACUUGCGAUUCCUUUCCACCUCCACUGAUAGUAGCGCCACAACAGAUCCAUCACCGGAGCCUGCGACCCCUCCUGAGCCCUCGCCGACCGAGUGCAGUCCCAUUCUUCAUUCGCCCAAACGCAGCGAAUCGUGGAGAUGGGACAUGCAGCCGGUUCAGGACGUCCACCUAGGACAGUAUCAGAGCUAUCAUCAACACACCGGGUACCAUGCCAUAGCCGUUCCGCGGCCACACUCGGACUCUACGGCCCUUGCAAGCGAAAUGAAUUGUUCUGAUACCGGGUCAUCAGUGCCUGCUCAUGAGCAGCCGUGCUACUACUACAUCAAUACCGACUGUGGUGGGGACUCCACCAAGAACCCCGGCCUGCCGGUCGGCUUGGUGCCGCAACAACCUGUAACUGGGCCCGGCAUGCCUGUGACCUUGAUGGGUGAUUAUGCUUUGCACAUUCCCGAACAGCACGCUAUCUAUCCACCUCUUGCGACCAACUGGUCGUAUCAUUGUGGUUAG